AUUCCGUCCAGAGGUUAAAAAUACCGAAAAUACACGCCUUUCCUUUUUCUCUCUCUUGACAUCAGGCUAUUUCUUGUAAACCCAAAACAAAUUUAUCUCUUCAAGGAUCAAGGAGCCGCCGAAUCUUUUUCUAGAUUAUUUGCUUAGAAAUAUACAACUUAUCUUCAUGGGUGGCUCAAGGGUGAGGCUAGUAAUCUUCAAAAAGAAAGGAGUUAAACUUUAGCUUGCAAUCUCCCAAUGGCGGCAGUCACAGUGGCCGCAGAAUGGCAGCUCCUCCACAAUCGCUACUACCGGAAACCAGAACUUUACCAGAUGCAAUGGAAGAACGUGGACCUCACGCGCAACAAAGUCGCUUGCGCUCCUUUCGGCGGUCCAAUUGCUGUCAUCCGUGACGACGCUAAGAUCGUCCAACUCUACGCCGAAUCCGCCCUUCGGAAGCUCCGUAUCUUCAAUUCUGCCGGCGUUCAGAUCUCCGAAACUGUCUGGAAGAAUCCCGGCGGCCGACUCAUCGGCAUGUCAUGGACCGACGAUCAAACCCUAGUUUGCAUCACUCAGGACGGCACCGUUUACCGAUAUAACAUCCACGCCGGGCCUAUUGAACCGAAUUCUCAGCUCACACUAGGCGCUGAUUGUUUUACUCAUAGCGUAGUUGAAUGCAUCUUCUGGGGAAACGGUGUUGUCUGUAUCAAUGAGGCGUGUCAGGUUUACUGCAUACCCGAUUUCAACAACCCGAAACCAAUCAAAUUGGCGGAUACUGGUUUGGAGGAUUUUCCAUUAUGUACGGCUGUGAUCGAGCCGCAGUAUACUAUGUCUGGGAAUGUGGAGGUACUGAUGAGUGUGGCUGAUCAUGUGUUGUUGGUGGAAGAGGAUGGUGUUCAACAAGUUGGGCUUGGAAUUGGGCCUCUACAGAAAAUGGUGGUUUCUCAGAAUGGGAAGCUUUUGGCAGCUUUUACACAUGAUGACAGGCUUCUUGUUAUGUCUACGGACUUCUCCAGCAUUAUUUUCGACUAUACUUUUGAGAAGUCAGCCCUACCCCCCGAGCAGCUAGCAUGGUGUGGAUUGGACAGUGUACUACUCUACUGGGAUGAUAAGCUUCUAAUGGUGGGUCCUGGAGAUCCUGUCAGCUAUUUUUAUGAUGAACCAGUUCUCCUUAUCCCUGAAUGUGACGGGGUUAGAAUACUCUCCAACAUGAGCAUGGAAUUUCUUCAUCGUGUUCCAGAUUCAACUGUCUCCAUAUUUCAGAUUGGUAGCACACUACCAGCUGCUUUGCUUUAUGAUGCCUUAGAUCAUUUUGACAGGCGGAGUGCCAAGGCUGAUGAGAAUCUGAGGCUGAUACGGUCUUCGUUACCUGAGGCUGUUGAAGCAUGUAUUGAUGCAGCAGGUCAUGAAUUUGAUGUUUCACUGCAAUGGACACUUUUAAGAGCAGCAAACUACGGACAAGCCUUUUGCAGGUUGGUCUGUUGGCUUAAUUGUAGAGAUGAUAUUUUUGAUAAUAUAAUUUCUAUUUUACUACUUCCUCAGAAAAAGAGAAGUUCCAUUUUACUUUUUGCCUCUGGUGUGGGUACAUAUGCAAAUUCUAAUGCUGUAUAUAUGUAAUGCUGGUUUCAUAUG